GCCGUGCCGGGCCGUGCCGGGCCGUGCCGGGCCGUGCCGGGCCGGGCCGGGCCGUGCGGGGUCCGAGGGAUGCGGGCCGCGCUCACCUGGCGCGACAGGGCCGAGCAGUGCAUUUACGACCUCGCGUUCAAGCCGGAUGGGACCCAGCUGAUAAUUGCUGCUGGAAACAGGCUGCUGGUGUAUGAUACUUCUGAUGGAACCCUCAUUCAGCCUUUGAAGGGACAUAAAGACACAGUGUACUGCGUGGCUUAUGCCAAAGAUGGCAAGCGUUUCGCAUCUGGCUCUGCUGAUAAAAGUGUGAUAAUUUGGACUUCAAAGUUAGAAGGAAUUCUGAAGUACACGCAUAAUGACUCUAUCCAGUGCGUUUCAUACAAUCCUCUCACUCAUCAGCUGGCAUCCUGCUCGUCUGGGGAUUUUGGCUUGUGGUCUCCGGAACAGAAGUCAGUCUCUAAACAUAAAACAAGCUGCAGGAUUACUUGCUGCAGCUGGACAAAUGAUGGCCAGUACCUUGCUUUGGGGAUGUGUAACGGCAUUGUCAGCAUAAGGAACAAAAAUGGUGAUGAGAAGGUGAAAAUAGAGAGGCCAGGGGGCUCUUCCUCUCCAGUAUGGUCAAUUUGUUGGAAUCCUUCCAGAGAUGAACGCAAUGACAUUUUAGCUGUGGCAGACUGGGGUCAGAAGCUUUCCUUUUACCACCUGAGUGGCAAGCAGAUUGGGAAGGACAGAGUGCUCAAUUUUGACCCAUGCUGCAUCAGCUACUUUACUAAAGGAGAGUAUCUCUUGCUGGGAGGUUCAGACAGACAGGUUUCUCUCUUCACAAGGGAUGGGGUACGGCUGGGCACUGUGGGAGAGCAGAGCAGCUGGGUGUGGACUUGCAAAGUUAAACCAGACUCCAACUAUGUGGCAGUAGGGUGUCAGGAUGGAACGAUCUCCUUCUACCAGCUGAUUUUCAGCACUGUCCAUGGCCUCUAUAAAGAUCGCUACGCCUACAGGGACAACAUGACCGACGUUAUUGUCCAGCACCUCAUCACGGAACAAAAAGUGAGGAUAAAAGGCAGAGAGCUUGUGAAGAAAAUUGCAAUUUACAAAAACAGAUUAGCCAUCCAGAUGCCAGAGAAAAUCCUGAUUUACGAGUUGUACUCGGAUGACUCUGCAGAUAUGUACUAUCGGGUGAAGGAAAAGAUCAUAAAGAAAUUUGAAUGUAACUUGCUGGUGGUGUGUUCAGAUCACAUUAUUUUAUGCCAGGAGAAGAGAUUGCAGUGCCUGUCAUUUAGUGGUGUUAAAGAACGAGAAUGGCUGAUGGAAUCUCUUAUUCGUUACAUUAAAGUAAUUGGAGGACCUCCAGGAAGAGAAGGCCUCUUAGUUGGUCUAAAGAACGGUCAGAUCCUGAAGAUCUUCGUGGACAACGCUCUGGCCAUCGUGCUGCUGAAGCAAUCCACGGCCGUGCGCUGCCUGGACAUGAGCGCGUCCCGCAACAAGCUGGCCGUGGUGGACGAGAACGACACCUGCCUCGUCUACGACAUCCACACCAAGGAGCUCCUCUUUCAGGAACCCAAUGCUAAUAGUGUGGCCUGGAAUACCCAGUGUGAGGAUAUGCUUUGCUUUUCUGGAGGGGGUUACCUCAAUAUCAAAGCUAGCAACUUCCCUGUCCACCAGCAAAAACUGCAAGGCUUUGUUGUGGGUUACAAUGGCUCCAAGAUCUUCUGCCUUCAUGUUUUCUCUAUGUCAGCAGUUGAAGUUCCGCAGUCUGCACCGAUGUAUCAAUAUCUGGAACGAAAAAUGUUUAAAGAAGCCUAUCAAAUUGCAUGUUUAGGAGUGACUGAUGCUGACUGGAGAGAGUUGGCCAUGGAAGCCUUGGAAGGGCUGGAGUUUGAAACUGCUAAAAAGGCAUUUACCAGAGUACGAGACCUUCGAUAUUUAGAACUGAUCAGCAGCAUAGAGGAUCGGAAAAAGCACGGAGAGAACAACCACGAGCUGUUCCUGGCAGAUGUUUAUGCCUACCAGGGAAAAUUCCACGAGGCAGCGAAGCUGUACAAGAGGAGCGGCCACGAGAACCUGGCCCUGGAGAUGUACUCAGACCUCCGCAUGUUCGACCACGCAAAGGAAUUUCUGGGAUCUGGAAAUCCCAAAGACACAAAGAUGCUGAUAAAAAAACAAGCGGACUGGGCCAAGGAUAUCAAUGAACCAAAGGCAGCAGUGGAGAUGUACCUCUCUGCUGGCGAGCACAUGAAGGCCAUCGAAAUCAGCGGGGACCACGGCUGGGUAGACAUGUUAAUCGAAAUUGCUCGAAAACUGGAUAAAGCUGAGCGUGAGCCUUUGGCCAAAUGUGCCUUCUAUUUUAAGCAACUUGAUAACCCUGGCUAUGCUGCAGAAACCUACAUGAAGGUUGGUGACCUGAAAGCAUUGGUCCAGCUCCACGUGGAGACUCAUCGCUGGGAAGAAGCAUUUGCUCUGAGUGAAAAGCAUCCUGAAUUCAAAGAUGAAGUCUAUGUCCCUUAUGCUCAGUGGCUGGCAGAGAGUGAUCGAUUUGAAGAAGCCCAAAAAGCGUUUCACAAGGCUGGCAGGCAGAGGGAGGCCGUGCGGGUGCUGGAGCAGCUCACACACAACGCCGUGCUCGAGAGCCGCUUUGACGACGCAGCCUAUUAUUACUGGAUGCUUUCCAUGCAGUGCUUAGACAUUGCCCAAGAGAACGAAGGACAGCAGACUGAAAUGUUGCAGAAGUUUCAUCACUUCCAACAUUUGGCAGAAGUUUACCAUGUCUAUCACUUUAUCCAAAGAUACACUGAGGAGCCUUUCAGCUUCCACUUGCCUGAAACCCUCUUCAAUAUUUCCAGGUUUCUGCUUCACAGCUUAACAAAGGAGACUCCUUUGGGGAUCUCAAAAGUCAAUACAUUAUUGGCCCUGGCAAAGCAGAGUAAAGCUCUUGGUGCAUAUAAAUUGGCUCGUCAUGCCUAUGACAAGCUGCAGGGACUGCAGAUCCCAGACAGGUUCCAGAAAUCUGUUGAGCUGGGCAGCCUGACAAUCCGAUCCAAGCCAUUCCAUGACAGUGAAGAGCUCGUGCCCCUGUGUUACAGGUGCUCCACCAACAACCCCUUGCUGAAUAACCUGGGGAACAUCUGCAUUAACUGCAGGCAGCCUUUCGUCUUCUCGGCCUCCUCCUACGAGGUGCUGCAUCUGGUUGAGUUCUAUUUGGAAGAUGGCAUCACGGAUGAAGAAGCUGUAGCUCUCAUUGAUCUUGAAGCUCCAAGAGUGAGUAAAAGAGAAGAUAAAUGGCAAGAGAUGACGACUGACCAUGCUGAGAGUUUGAGGCUUGAUGACAGUACAGAUACUAUUGAGGAUGAUGAUCCCUUUACAGCAAAACUGAGCUUUGAGGUACUGCUUCACGGGGAGCUCUGCAAAGAAACAGAAGGCCCUAGCCAGAGCCUGAUGGGUGAAACAGUGCUAACCGGUGAAACCUCAUACUCUGAAAUGUACUCGGCAAAUUCCUGAAUGAGGUCGAGGCAGAGCAGUGGAAGCCCAGCUCUGAGCUGUGUGAUAGACAGGGGAACAGCUGCCUUGGAAGACUUGGCCGUGGCUGAAUUUGAGAAGUUGCCCUGACAGCAAGUCAGAGUCUCUUGAGCAAGCCUUGGCUGACCAACAGAAGCUGAUUUGUAUUAAUUUCCUUUUGCUCUGUCUCUCUGACUUGCAGCCUGGUCUAGCAAGGAAAACCAGUCAGUGACUGUUACCUUGUGGCUCAGUCCUGCUCCUGCCUCGCUCAGAAAUGGCUUUUUGAAAUGCUGGAAUUCAGUCAUGUUUGCUUACUCAACUGCCUAAUUGUCCAUCUUUUUGCAAAAGUAGUUAGCAGGUUUGUGCCUUCUCAGCAGCUCUGGCAGAGGUCAGUGAAGUGCUUGCUGCUGUCCUCAGGCUGUAGCUCUCAGGUGAUUGAAAUCGAGAGGACCAAUUCUCUGUGAUGGUAGUUCCAGAAUAUCUGUGCUAUUGAUCAGCCCUUGAACUCAGUUCGCAUUUUCUUUGAGCAGGGUACAGGCUAACUUGUUUUAAAUUUGUUCCUAAUUAACAGAUGUUUCACACAGAAGACUACGAGCUCCUCAUACUCCAGCAUAAUUGUUGUCCAUUCUGUCGGCGGAGAGUAGAUGAGUCAAGCCA